AUGGUGGUCCCCGAGCGGAAGCUGGAACAGUUUAUCUUCGAGUUUCUGUCUGAUCCUGAGGUCUUUGAUCGUUGGUCCAGCCGGCUCACACGCAUCGAGGCCGGCGAUUGGUCCAACACCGACUCGGAGGUUGCCGCGGAAGCCACAGCUGCGGCACGGCCAAAGACACCAUCCCAGCUGAGCUCGCCCCCCGUAGCCCGUGCCAGCCCGAGCAGCGGCAACAACGGCAGUGCUGCUGGUGCCUCCCCCAACAGCCCCGUGGCUGGCCAACCCCUAUCUCGUCGCAUCAUGACCGGACCCGCCAAUGGUGGCGGCGGCGCUGGCGGCCCUCGCGCGCCACGCCGCUCCACCGACCUCGUCUCGCCUCGCGCUCACAAGCGCUUCUCCAUUCCGGGUGACGCUCACAGCUUCGUGCCCCCAUUCUAUCACAAACCCCACCGUGGUUCGCUCUCUGAAGCCGACGCGCAUCUCCUGGACGAGCUGCGCGAUGUGUUUGACGGGCCUCACACGGAGCUUGUCCUCGAUGACCUUGAAGCCAUCUGCCGCGUCCUGGGCGUUUGCAUCUAUUUUGCCGCCGACCUGGCUGCAGCUUGUCGACGCUUCAGCGGCGCCCAGUCCAUCACACCCCACAUCCUGGACGGGUUUUGGCGCAGUCUGGCCAGCCAACACCACUCUGAAAGCGAGAAAAUGGUGGCCCUACUUGUGUACGCCAAUGACGAUGACUGUCCACACGUGGAUACCACAACCCGCGCCAUAACCGGGUUCAUCAAGGCCGUCGAGCCCAAACACUGGCGUCGCUUUAUGCAGAACGUGAUCGAUCGCCACCCUGGCCUCGAGUUUCUCAUUGAUUCCCCCGAUUACCAUGAGCGCUACAUCGACACCGCCAUUGCCCGUAUCUACUACCUGGCCGAUCGUAACUGGUCUCGGAUCUUAACCGCCCGCCAAAUCGAACGCUCCCCGCUAUGUGCCAUCCUCGAAUCCUUGGAGGAGGAGUUCAACAUCAACAAGGAACAACGCGUCUUCUCCUACGAACACUUUUAUGUCAUUUAUACCAGUUUCUGGAAGCUGGACAAGGACCACGAUCUCAGCAUCUCCCAGCGCGAGUUGGCUCUCUACGGUGAUGGCGGCCUCUCCUCUUUGGUUCUGGAUCGGAUAUUCAGUGGAACAGUGUUUUCAGCGGACAGCACCGACGAGGAUAUGGCGUAUUGGGACUUUGUCUACUUUGUGCUCAGCGAAGAGGACAAAACUUCAGCCCAAGCGGCAGAAUACUGGUUUCGAAUCAUGGAUUUGGACGGCGAUGGCUGCCUUUCCAUGUUUGAACUCGAGAUGUUCUACGACGAGCAGCUCAAUCGUCUCGAUGAACUUGGAACUGAAGCCAUGAACUUUAAUGAUAUGCUCUGUCAAAUUCUCGACAUGAUCAACCCUCGCAGCCCCACCAUCAUUCGGCUAAUGGACAUUAAGCGCAGUGGCAAAGCCAAGACUUUCUUCAACACCUUUAUCAAUGUCAACAAGUACCUGUAUAUGGAGGAGAAUGAAGCCAGUGAUGACGAGGAAAAGAUCACCGACUGGGUGCGCUUUGCACAACGGGAAUACAUCUUCCUCUCCUCUGAGGAUCCCGAUGACGAUGACGAUUUAGACAUGGACGCUACACUGGAUCGCUUGUCAACCCGCAGUCCGCUCCUGCUAUACUAG